GGCCACAAGGGAACCCACUGAGAUCAUGGAGGACACCCAGGCUAUUGACUGGGAUGUUGAAGAAGAGGAGGAGACAGAGCAAUCCAGUGAAUCCUUGAGGUGUAAUGUGGAGCCAGUAGGGCGGCUACAUAUCUUUAGUGGUGCCCAUGGACCAGAAAAAGAUUUCCCACUACACCUCGGGAAGAAUGUGGUAGGCCGAAUGCCUGACUGCUCUGUGGCCCUGCCCUUUCCAUCUAUCUCCAAACAACAUGCAGAGAUUGAAAUCUUAGCCUGGGACAAGGCACCUAUCCUCCGAGACUGUGGGAGCCUUAAUGGUACUCAAAUCCUGAGACCUCCUAAGGUUUUGAGCCCUGGGGUGAGUCACCGUCUGAGGGACCAGGAAUUGAUUCUCUUUGCUGACUUGCUCUGCCAGUACCAUCGCCUGGAUGUCUCUCUACCCUUUGUCUCCCGGGGCCCUCUGACUGUAGAAGAGACACCCAGGGUACAGGGAGGAACUCAACCCCAGAGGCUUCUGUUAGCUGAGGACUCAGAGGAGGAAGUAGAUUUUCUUUCUGAAAGGCAUGUGGUAAAAAAAUCAAGGACCACAUCUUCCCCCGUGGCAAUGAUAGUUCCAGAGAGUGAUGAAGAGGGGCAUUCCCCUGUCCUGGGUGGCCCUGGGCCGCCUUUUGCCUUCAAUUUGAACAGUGACACAGAUGCGGAAGAAGGUCAGCAAUCAGCCACAGAGGAGGCCUCCUCAGCUGCCAGAAAAGGUGCCACUAUAGAGGCAGAGCAGUCUGAAGCUGAAGUUGUAACUGAAAUCCAGCUUGAAAAGGAUCAGCCUUCUGUGAAGGAGAGGGACAAUGACACAAAAGUCAAGAGAGGUGCAGGGAAUGGGGUGGUUCCAGCUGGGAUGAUUCUGGAGAGGAGCCAACCUCCUGGAGAGGACAGUGACACAGAUGUGGAUGACGACAGCAGGUCUCCUGGAAGGCCAGCUGAGGUCCAUUUGGAAAGGGCUCAGCCUUUUGGCUUCAUCGACAGCGACACCGAUGCGGAAGAAGAGGGGAUUCCAGCAACCCCAGUUGUCGUUCCUAUGAAGAAGAGGAAGAUCUUUCAUGGAGUUGGUACAAGGGGUCCUGGAGCACCAGGCCUGUCCCAUCUGCAGGAGAGCCAGGCUGGUAGUGAUACAGAUGUGGAGGAAGGCAAGGCCCCACAGGCUGUCCCUCUGGAGAAAAGCCAAGCUUCCAUGGUUAUCAACAGCGAUACAGAUGAUGAGGAAGAAGUCUCAGCAGCGCUGACUUUGGCACGUCUGAAAGAGAGCCAGCCUGCUGUAUGGAACAGAGAUGCAGAAGAGGACAUGGCCCACCAUGCGGUCCUUCUCCAGCGAUGCCAAACCACCACCGGGAGAGACAGUGACACAGAUGUGGAGGAGGAAGAGCUCCCAGUGGAAAAUAAAGAAACUGUCCCCAAGGCUCACACAAAGAUUAGAGCCCUUGUUAGAGCACAUUCAGAAAAGGACCAACCUCCUUUUGGGGACAGUGAUGACAGUGUGGAAGCAGAUAAGAGCUCACCUGGGAUCCACCUGGAAAGAAGCCAAGCCUCCAUCACAGUGGGCAUCAACACACAAGUGGAGGAGGAAGUCCCGCCAGGGUCAGCCAUUGUACAUAUGAAGAAGCAUCAGGUGUCUAUGCGGGGGACAAAUCAAACAGAUGUGAAAGCAGACGGGGGACCAGCAAAGCUGCUUGUGGUAUCUCUAGAGGAAGCCUGGCCUCCACAUGGGGACUGUGAAAUAGAUGCAGAGGAGGGCACCUCCUUAGCAGCCUCAGCAGUUGCAGAUGUAAGAAAGAGCCAUCUUCCAGCAGAAGGGGAUGCUGGGGCAGAGUGGACUGCAGCUUGUCUUAAGCAGGAGAGAGCUUAUGAGGUGGGGGCCCAGGGUGGGUCACCUGUGGCACAAGUGGAGCAGGACCUCCCUACCUCAAGAGAGAACCUCACAGAUCUGGUGGUGGACACAGACACUCCAGGGGAAUCCACCCAGCCACAGAGAGAGGGAGCCCAGGUCCCCACAGGAAGGGAGAGAGAACAACGUGUGGGUAGGACCAAGGACUCUGAAGACAACUGUGAUGAUUCUGAAGAUCCGGACCUACAAGCUACCCAAUGCUUUCUGGAGAAUCAGGGCCUGGAAGCAGUCCAGAGCAUGGAGGAUGAACCUACCCAGGCCUUCAUGUUGACUCCACCCCAAGAACUUGGCCCUUCCCAUUGCAGCUUCCAGACAACAGGUACCCUAGAUGAACCAUGGGAGGUCCUGGCUACACAGCCAUUCUGUCUGAGAGAGUCUGAGGACUCUGAGACCCAGCCUUUUGACACCCACCUUGAGGCCUAUGGACCUUGCCUGUCUCCACCUAGGGCAAUACCAGGAGACCAACAUCCAGAGAGCCCAGUUCACACAGAGCCAAUGGGGAUUCAAGGCAGAGGGAGGCAGACUAUGGAUAAAGGCAUGGGUAUACCAAAAGAAACAGCAGAGAGGGUGGGCCCUGAGAGAGGGCCACUGGAGAGAGAAACUGAGAAACUGCUACCGGAAAGACAGACAGAUGUGACAGGAGAGGAAGAAUUAACCAGGGGGAUACAGGACAGAGAACAAAAACAGUUGUUAGCUAGAGACACCCAGAGACAAGAAUCUGACAAAAAUGGGGAAAGUGCAAGUCCUGAAAGAGAUAGGGAGAGUUUGAAGGUAGAAAUUGAGACAUCCAAGGAAAUACAAGAGAAACAAGUACAGAAGCAGACCCUUCCAAGCAAAGCAUUUGAGAGAGAAGUAGAGAGACCAGUAGCAGACAGAGAGUGUGAGCCAGCUGAGUUAGAAGAGAAGGUGCCCAAAGUGAUCCUGGAGAGAGACGCACGGAGAGGGGAGCCAAAGGGAGGGAGCCAGGACCAGAAAGGGCAGGCCUCCAGCCCAACACCAGAGCCUGGGGUGGGGGCGGGGGACCUUCUGGGACCUACCUCAGCCCCCGUACCUUCUGGGAGCCAGUCAGGUGGAAGGGGAUCCCCAGUGAGCCCCAGGAGGCAUCAGAAAGGCCUCCUGAAUUGCAAGAUGCCACCCACUGAGAAGGCUUCCAGGAUCAGAGCUGCUGAGAAGGCUUCCAGGGGCGAUCAGGAAUCUCCAGAUGCUUGUCUGCCUCCUACAGUGCCUGAAGCCUCAGCCCCACCCCAAAAGCCCCUUAAUUCUCAGAGCCAGAAACAUCUUGCACCUCAGCCCCUUCUUUCUCCCCUUUCACCUUCUAUCGAGCCAACCAUUCAUAAGACCGGGCAGGAUAGGAGUCAGGAAGCUCCAGAGACUCCCUUGUCCUCAGAGCUGGAGCCUUUCCACCCAAAGCCUAAAAUCAUAACUCGGAAGUCCUCCAGGAUGACACCCUUUCCAGCUACCUCUGCUGCCCCUGAGCCCCACCCUUCCACCUCCACAGCCCAGCCAGUCACCCCCAAGCCCACAUCUCAGGCCACUAGGAGCAGGACAAAUAGGUCCUCUGUCAAGACCCCUGAACCAGUUGUCCCCACAGUCCCUGAGCUCAGUUCCACCCCCACAGACCAGCCUGUCACCUCUGAGCCACAUCGUCAGGGCUAUAGGGGAAGAAAAACUAGGACCUCUGUCAAGACCCUGGAAGAAGUUGUCGGCCCAACAGCCCUGAGGCCCACCCUUUCCACCUCCACAGAACAAACCGGUCACCCCCAAAGCCCACAUUCUCAGGCCACUAGGAGCAGGAUAGGGGUUCUUGUCAAGACUCCUAAACCAGUUGUCCCCACGAGUUUCCCUGACCUCCAGCCUUCCACCUCACAGACCAGGCUUGUUGGCUUUCUGAGCCCCACAUCUCAGGCUAACUAGGGGGAAGAAACUAGAUUCUCUGUCAAGACCCCUGAAGCAGUUGUGCCCACAGCCCUUGAGCUCCACCCUUCCACCUCCACAGACCAACCUGUCACCCCCAAGCCCACAUCUCGGACCACUAGGAGCAGGACAAAUAUGUCCUCUGUCAAGACCCCUGAAUCAACUGUCCCUAUAGCCCCUGAGCUCCCACCUUCCACCUCCACAGAGCAGCCUGUCAUCACUGAGCCCACAUAUCAGCCUACUAGGGGAAGAAAAAAUAGGUCCUCUGUCAAGACCCCUGAAACAGUUGUGGCCACAGCCCCUAAGCUCCAGCCUUCCACCUCCACAGACCAGCCUAUCACUCCUGAGCCCACAUCUCAGGCCACCAGGGGUAGGACAAAUAGGUCCUCUGUCAAGAGCCCUAAAACAGUUCUCCCCACAGCCCCUGAGCUCCAGCCUUCCACCUCCACACACCAGCCAGUCACCCCCAAGCACACAUCUCAGGCCACCAGGGGCAGGACAAAUAGGUCCUCCGUCAAGACCCCUGAACCAGUUGUCUCCACAGCCCCUGAGCUCCAGCCUUCCACCUCCACAGACCAGCCUAUUACCCCCGAGCCUACAUCUCAGGCUACUAGGGGAAGAACAGAUAGAACCUCUGUCAAGACUCCUGAAAUAGUUGUGCCCACAGCCCCUGAGCUCCAGGCUUCCACCUCCACAGACCAGCCUGUCACCUCUGAGCCCACAUCUCGGACCACUAGGGGAAGAAAAAAUAGGUCUUCUGUCAAGACCCCUGAAACAGUUGUGCCCACAGCGCCUGAGCCCCGUCCUACCACCUCCACAGACGAGCCUGUCACCCCCAAGCCCACAUCUCGGGUCACUAGGGGCAGGACAAAUAGGUCAUCUGUCAAGACCCCUGAAUUAAUUGUCCCUAUAGCCCCUGAGUUUCACCCUUCCACCUCCAGAAGCCAGCUUGUCACCCCUGAGCCCAUAUCUCGGGCCACUAGGGGCAGGAAAAAUAGGUCCUCUGUCAAGACCCCUGAACCAGCUGUCCCCACAGCCCCUGAGCCCCAUCCUACCACCUCCACAGACCAGCCUGUCACCCCCAAGCCCACAUCUAGGGCCACUAGGGGAAGGACAAAUAGGUCCUCUGUCAAGACUCCUGAACCAGUUGAACCAGCAGCCUCUGAUCUUGAGCCUUUUACCCCCACAGACCAGCCUGUCACCCCUGAGGCCAUACCUCAGGGUAGUCAGAGCAAAACACUGAGGUCUUCCACAGUAAGUGCUAUGCUAAUUCCUACUAGCCCUGAAUUCCAAUCUCCUGUCACCACAGACCAGCCCAUUUCCCCUGAGCCUAUUCCUCAAGCCAGUUGCAUCAAGAGGCAGAGAGCCACUGGGAAUCCUGGCUCCCUCACAGCUCCCAUUGACCAUAAGCCUUGCUCUGCACCCCUGGAACCUAAAUCCCGGCCCUCAAGGAACCAAAGAUGGGGAGCAGUGAGAGCAGAUGAAUCCCUUACAGCCAUUCCUGAGCCUGUCUCUCCCCAGCUUCUUGAUAUACCAACUCAUGCCUCCCAGAUCCAAAAAGUGGAACCAGCAGGUAGAUCUAGGUUCACCCCAGAGCUCCAGCCUAAGGCCUCUCAAAGCCGCAAGAGGUCUUUAGCUAUCAUGGAUUCACCACCACAUCAAAAACAGCCCCAAAGAGGGGAAGUCUCCCAGAAGACAGUGAUUAUCAAGGAAGAGGAAGAAGAUACUGCAGAGAAGCCAGGGAAGGAAGAGGAUGUCAUGACUCCAAAACCAGGCAAGAGAAAGAGAGACCAGGCAGAGGAGGAGCCCAACAGAAUACCGAACCGCAGCCUCCGACGGACCAAACUUAACCAAGAAUCAACAGCCCCCAAAGUGCUCUUCACAGGAGUGGUGGAUGCUCAGGGAGAGCGGGCCGUGCUGGCACUGGGGGGAAGUCUGGCUGGUUCAGCGGCAGAGGCUUCCCACCUGGUCACUGAUCGCAUCCGCCGGACAGUCAAGUUCCUGUGUGCCCUGGGGCGGGGAAUCCCCAUUCUCUCCCUGGACUGGCUGCAUCAGUCCCGCAAGGCCGGUUGCUUCUUACCUCCGGAUGAGUAUGUGGUGACCGACCCUGAGCAAGAGAAGAACUUUGGCUUUAGCCUUCAAGACGCACUGAGUCGGGCUCGGGAGCGAAGGCUGCUGGAGGGCUAUGAGAUCUAUGUGACCCCUGGAGUCCAGCCACCACCACCUCAGAUGGGAGAGAUCAUUAGCUGCUGUGGAGGCACAUACCUACCCAGCAUGCCUCGGUCCUAUAAGCCUCAGAGAGUUGUGAUCACAUGCCCUCAGGACUUCCCUCGUUGCUCUGUUCCACUGCGUGUUGGGCUGCCCCUCCUCUCACCUGAGUUCCUGCUGACUGGAGUGCUGAAGCAGGAAGCCAAGCCAGAGGCCUUUGUCCUUUCCCCUUUGGAGAUGUCAUCUACCUGAGAACUCCGCUACCCUUUUCCCUCCCAGACCACGAAUUAGAAGAUAUUUGGAAGAAAGAACUCAGGGCAUUAGAAAGGAUUGGGGUAUAUUGAUACAACUUGUCCUGGAACAUGUGUGGGACCAGAAAUCUUUAUGAAUAAAUGAAAAGAUAAGGCGUUUGGAAGUCACAGGUGGUGGUUGUUUUUGUUUUGUUGUUUCAUUUUUAUGGCCAUUUUAUUUGUAGUUUUUUAUUUGUAUAGAUUUAAGGGAUACAAGAUUUCUUACAUGUAUGUACUAAAUGGCCAUUUUAAAAUUAGUUUCAUGCUCAGAUGUCAUAAGUGGCAGGUAUCUUUAGCUAGACUGUUGUAGUUAUUGCUCAAUGCCACUCAUGGCGUCCUACCUCCUAUUUGGAAACCAUCUCUAUUGUUUUCUUACUGAGAUUCUUUGGAGUCAGGAACUUGAAGGGAUGCUUAGAGUGAGUAGAUUUGAGGGUCCAGUUAUAGAGUGCUACUAAAACAUUUUCUUCUCUCCUGGCCUCUGGAAGCAUCUUUAGCUUUGACUUUGGGCAAGUCUCUGUACUUUUCUGGCCUGCUUUUCCAGGAUUUAUAAAAUUAGAGCUUAGGCUUGACCUCUGUGAUAAAUAAAUAUUCACUCUGUGCCUUA